GUGGAUUUGGUGUAUGUACUGGCCUUGGCUUUGACGGACUUGACGGAUCAGGUCGUUCUUUGGUGGGUCAAGGCAUCAUGUCUGCUGCACCGCAAAUGACCGAGGCCCAUGAGGCGCUUGUGUUGGAGCUGUUCAAGGUCGGCGCUAUCAAGUUUGGCGAAUUCACGCUGAAGAGCGGCAUUGUCUCCCCCGUCUACGUGGAUCUGCGCGUGCUCGUGUCCUAUCCCUCGCUUUUGAACCAGGUUGCUGACCUGCUGGUCGAAGCCACGAAGAGCUGCCAGUACGAUGUCUUGUGCGGCGUCCCCUACACAGCAUUGCCUUUCGCAACCAUCAUGUCCGCCAAGGUCAACAAGCCCAUGCUCAUGCGCCGCAAGGAAGCCAAGGCUUACGGUACCAAAAAAAUCAUCGAGGGCGUGUUCCAAGCUGGCCAAACCUGCCUGAUUGUGGAAGACCUGGUGACUUCUGGCCUCUCCGUAUUUGAAACGGUCAAGCCACUUGAAGAUGAAGGCCUAACUGUCCGCGACGUGGUAGUGCUGCUGGACCGCCAACAGGGCGGCGAGCAGAACAUUGUGACUCGGGGCAAGCAUCUGCACAGCAUCUUGAAGUUGUCCUUUGUUUUGGACGUGCUGCAGAAGAAGGAGCUGAUUGAGCCAAGCAUGGCUGAGCGCGUCAAGGCGUUCAUUGCCGAGAACCAAGUGACCGUAACUGCUGAUAACAAGGCACAGACUGCUGAUGCACCUUCUGCCAAGAAGGCCAAGGUCACAGGGCCAAGUUAUGAGGAUAAGCUUUCGGCAACCAGCAAUGCCGUGGCCAAGCGAUUUAUUGAAACCAUGCUGCGCAAGAAGAGCAACCUUUGUGUCGCUGUCGAUGUGACGAGCGCCGCCGACCUACUUGAAAUUGCCGCCGAGGUGGGUCGCUACACCUGCUGCAUCAAGACACACUGCGACAUUGUAAGCGAUUGGACCGAAGCGACUGCCACGGCCCUGCGCAAACUGGCUGAGGAGCUGGACUUUAUGAUCUUUGAAGACCGCAAGUUUGCUGACAUUGGCAACACAGUCAAGCUGCAAUGCUCUGCCGGCCGGUACAAGAUCGCUCAGUGGGCUGACUUUGUCAACUGCCAUGCCCUGCCGGGCCCGGGCGUCGUCGAUGGUCUCAAGGCUGCGGCGGAGGAGGUCAAGCGUGACGUUGGUAUUGUGGUUCUGGCACAGAUGAGCAGUGCGGGCAGCCUGGCCACGGGCGAGUACACUACCAAGUCGGUGGAACUCGCGCGCCAGUAUCCCCAGGAAGUGUUUGGAUUCAUUGGCCAAGAGCGAUUGGGCGACGAGGCCCACUUGGUCAUGACGCCAGGCGUCAAGCUGGCGGCAGGUGGCGAUGCGCUGGGUCAACAGUACAACACACCCCAGAGUGUAUUGGUGGAGAAGAACUGUGAUGUCAUUAUUGUGGGUCGGGGUAUUACGAGUGCCACGUCCCGGGCCGAAGCUGCUGCGGAGUAUCAAAAGGCAGGCUGGGCAGCUUAUGAAGCACGUCAGGCUUAAACCAUCAGCCAGCAAGUUGGAUCGUGGCGCCUUCUGAGGCCAAGGAAUCAGCGAGCCAGCGAGCCUUUCUUUUGUAUGGAUGCAAGCCCGCAGGCCUGCGAUAAAUUGAAAUCGAAAAGAC